AUGCCUCAUAUUAAGUUGCCUAACUUUCGACUUGGUAUUUAACCAUCAGUUAGAUCAUCUUAUAAAAUGGACAAAUUGACUCCAUCAUAAAAAUUAGAUCUGGUAGCAGCUCGUAUAUUUGGAAUUUCCUUUGGUGGUAAUUUGAGAAAUGGAAUGAAGGCUAUUAAGAGAUUAGAUUCAGGCGAAAAUAGAGCUCGAUAGUAUAGUGUCCCUGUAUGGAAUCCAGCAUAAUGGUUUCCAUUUAUGACAUAAUGGAAAAAACUUGAAUUCAAUAGGAAGUUAGUAGAUGGUAGAAAAAUGAGAAUUAUGAUGAGAGGUGUUAAAAUUGGAAGAUAGAAGGGAGGUGAAAAGAUAUCUAUCCUUAACAUUUAUGAACGCAAGAAGGCUAGCAUGGAGUGAUUUAUAAUAUAUAUAAAAAGAAAUAAGAGAAACUAUUUAUUA